AUGUACGGCAAAACAGAUGGAGGGCCACCUGCGUAUACUCCUCACUCUGGUGAGCCGCAACGGCCAGGACAAUAUCAGGGACAACCACAGCAGCAAUAUCAAUUUAGACAGGACCAGUACUAUGACUUAGACCAUCCAGGUCCAGGAGCUCCAAUUGGAGGUGACAGCUUUGAAGAAAAGUUUCCCACGGAGGCAAAUAAUAAGUUGAAGUUUAAUGACUGGCCAUUUACUAUUGUUUUUCUUCUAACAGUGUUUGCGUUCGUUGCACUUGCAUCUAUCACGUUGCGUUCUUGGUCACAGACAUACUCACAAACAGGAUCAGGCAUUUAUGAUGGAUCUGACACUGGUACUCUCAAUACGAACUCUGCUAUAAUGCUGAUUUUAUCUUGUUUAAUUGCGCUAGCAUUUGCAGUACUAGGGUUUGUGCUGGCUGGAAUGUUUACUAAAGCGUUCAUUUAUUUGGGUAUGGUUGUAAAUAUUGUUUCAGGGUUAUGUACAGCUAUGGCAUUCUUUGCAAUGAAGUAUUGGUCCGGAGGUAUCAUUUUCUUGCUGUUGACACUGUUUACAGCGUUCUGUUUCUGGUCUAUGAGGUCGAGAAUCCCCUUAAGCGUGGCCAUACUAAAAACAGUUAUGUCUGUUAUGAAGAAGUAUCCUCAAACAUGGAUCGUUUCUUUACUUGGUACUAUAGUGGCAGGAGCAUUUUCCGUGCUCUUCUCUGCAGUUAUUGUGGCAACUUACAUAAAGUACGACCCUGAGUCAAACAAUGAAGGAUGCAACGUUAGUGGUGGUGGAUGUUCUCGCGGUAAACUAAUUGGUAUGCUAGUUCUGGUAUUCUUCUGUGGGUUUUACAUUUCAGAAGUUAUUAGGAAUGUGAUUCAUUGUACUGUUUCGGGUAUUUAUGGAAGUUGGUACUAUUUUGGUAAGUCUGAUCAAGGUAUGCCACGCUGGCCAGCAUUCGGUGCUUUUAAGAGAGCCAUGACUACUUCUUUCGGCUCUAUCUGUUUUGGUUCUCUUAUUGUUUCUCUAAUCCAACUAGUGAGGCAACUAAUUAAUAUGAUCAGAAGUGGUCUUGUUUCUGGCUUGGCUGACAGUGGUUGGAGUCAGUGCUUAUGGAUGAUUGCAGAUAUGAUUAUCGGAACGUUCGAAUGGUUGGUUGAAUACUUCAACCAUUAUGCUUACUCUUUUAUUGCCUUGUAUGGUAAGCCAUAUAUUCGUGCAGCCAAGGAAACAUGGCACAUGAUAAGAGAGAAGGGUAUCGACGCUUUGAUAAACGACAACUUAAUCAACCUGGCACUUGGUUUCUACACUCUAUUUGUGGGCUAUAUGACCUCUUUCUUUGCGUAUCUGUUCUUGAGAUUUACGAAGCCAAAGUACAACUCCGAUGGCAAUUUCAAUGCAGUAUUGAUGGCAUUCUCUUUCAUAAUCGCAAUGCAAGUCACUCACAUCGCUACUGAAACUAUACGGUCUGGUACUGCAACUUUCUUCGUUGCUUUAGGUAACGACCCUGAAAUCUUCCGUGUUUCCUAUCCUCAGAGAUUUGAUGAAAUAUUCAGAGCAUAUCCCGGUGUACUAAACAAGCUAUCUCAUCAACAUGUCUAA